CCAACAGAAUAUUACAAGCUUAUAGUGUGAAUUAUUUCUCUCUAUGUAUAAUACCUAUCUCUGGGACUUUUCUCUUUCUCGUAGUUGAGCCAUCACCCAAGAGAUUGUAGAGGAUUAUCACUUGUGACAGCUCUGACUAGAGCGGUCUCUCAGUACUUUUAUGUCUUUACGCAGCCAUUUGGUUGCUUGUUUAUUAAAUAUGUGUGGGCUGAAGCUGUGUUACACUAGCUCCAGAUAAGGCGCUCGCUCCACUCGCCUAAAGAAUGCAAAAUAUUUGUGUGUACUCAUGAUUUAUUUCCUCCAAUAUUAUUCUGUGCAGAUAAACCAUGUGUAGAUGGUGACCUGAGACUGGUGGGAGGAAACACGGAAUAUGAGGGUAGAGUGGAGGUCUGUGUCUCUCAGGAGUGGAGCACUGUGUGUCGUGACGGUUGGGACAUAACAGAUGCUACAGUCGUAUGCAACCAACUGAGACUCAGUAACAACACUGGAUAUCUGGUGCGUUAUGCUUAUGACUAUGGCAUAGGCAGAGGACCAAUUUUUCUGAACGAUGUGGACUGCUCUGGGGAUGAAGAGAGGCUGAUUGAUUGUGAACACAAUGAAAUUUCUGUUCGUGAUUGUGAUCAUUUUCAAGAUGCAGGAGUCUACUGUUCUCCAACAAAUGGUGACCUGAGACUGGUAGGAGGAGACACGGAAUAUGAGGGUAGAGUGGAGGUCUGUGUCUCUCGGGAGUGGGGCACUGUGUGUGAUGACGGUUGGGACAUAACAGAUGCUAGAGUCGUAUGCAACCAACUGAGACUCAGUAACAACACUGGAUAUCUGGUGCGUCAUGCUUAUGACUAUGGCAUAGGCAGAGGACCAAUUUUUCUGGACGAUGUGGACUGCUCUGGGGAUGAAGAGAGGCUGAUUGAUUGUGAACACAAUGAAAUUUCUGUUCAUAAUUGUAAUCAUUAUCACGAUGCAGGAGUCUACUGUUCUCCAAGAGAUAAAUCAUGUGUAGAUGGUGACCUGAGACUGGUGGGAGGAGACACGGAAUAUGAGGGUAGAGUGGAGGUCUGUGUCUCUCAGGAGUGGGGCACUGUGUGUGAUGACGGUUGGGACAUAACAGAUGCUAGAGUCGUAUGCAACCAACUGAGACUCAGUAACAACACUGGAUAUCCGGUGCGUUAUGCUUAUUAUGACUAUGGCAUGGGGAGAGGACCAAUUUUUCUGGACGAUGUGGACUGCUCUGGGGAUGAAGAGAGGCUGAUUGAUUGUGAACACAAUGGAAUUUCUGUUCAUGAUUGUUAUCAUUAUCAAGAUGCAGGAGUCUACUGUUCUCCAAGAGGAUAUUCUAUGAUCGAGUGCAUUCAAGAGCUAUACUUUCAGCGGAGAAGUUUGGAAAUGUGUCAUGAGUACAAAAUUGAGCAAGACGAUAACUGUGAACUGGAGGGAGAACAGACAUACUUUAAUCUUCAGCUGAGUGUAACAUCUACAACUCUA